ACUCGAAGCACAUUUCACCCAUUCACACCACCAAACCAAUCUCAAAAUGCCGCCCAAGAAGUCUGGAUCCGGAAAGAAGAAGGCACCCACCGCAUACAACCUCUACAUGAAGACCCAGCUGGAGAAGCUGAAGAAGUCUGAGCCCAACUUGGACCACAAGGAGCGCUUCAAGAAGGUCGCCGCCAGCUGGGCCAAGGACCCUUCCAACCCCAAGAACAAGAAGUAGGCGAGGUCCGUGGUUGAGCACAAUAUGAUACCAGUGAUUUCUGCCUCGAUAAUGGGUGAGUCCUCUCGACGCGCUGCUGCCCAGUCGAGGAGAAGUCCCUGAAGACGUGCUCCUCACAAGCGAACACGGAGCUAUCACGUGGACGAGGGGCCUCGUGACGUCUCUUGGAUAGUCUGCUGACCAUCUACCGUCUUCCAUCUCCGCGUUUCACGAACAGUCUGUACCAUGGCAAUCUUGUAGCGAAGUAGUAGUCCUGUCAUUGCGUGUCUUUCUCUGCUCCACGCUUCCUGUCUUUACCUUGUUUUGGAUCUGAACCAUCCUCUGGCCGCCG